AAACUCGCACAUGAGUACCUACUCUUACUGUAUUUUCAAGAAACGGAACGAACCUGCUUGCCUCCCGUUCGUCCGCCUCCUCUCUUGUUCUGCUCACACAGACCUGGCUUCUCCCUCUCCCUUUUUCAACGAAGAUCCUCUCUUACGUGUACCAGGGAGCUCCACUUCCAUCUUCGCUCCAUUGACUCUAUAGCCAAUACGGUCCACCCGCCGAAAAUGCAAGCUCAAAUCCUGGAUCUCUGUUUAUGCUUCCGGAUGACCACUCAUACAACUCAUAUGUCCCUUUGGCUCACUCUCCAAGGCUACCCCUCCUUACUCCUUAUCUUCGGUCUCAUUGGACUUGUUACUGAAAUUAAAGCUUCGAAGAAUCUGCUCACGUGCGCGCAUAAAAACCUGCCUCGUCCCUCUCCCCCCUCCUUUACCUCUACAACAUCGAUGAGAUCCUGCACUUGUCUCUCCAUCGCAAUCACUGGUGUAGCUUUGAUGCCCAUCAUCGCCUUGGGUUUCGAUCCCGAACUCACUGACUUGCAGUUUCUAUUUCAAGUGGGAGCCAUCGUCUACACGCUUUCAGCGGUCAUUGGAGGGAUCACUAGCUGGGUUUCGGGAUUGGUUGUCUGGGGGAAGUGCGUUGAGAAUGAACCAACUUGUCGAUGAUGGUAGCAUAGACCUGCGUCGAAUUUGCACAUGUCUUAUAAAAAAUU